CGCUUUGUUUCUGGUUUAUUUUAUUUUUUUUUUCACUUUUAGUCUCUGAUCCAGCUGUCUAGAGGGUGCUAAAAAGCCCAGGAUUGCUUGCAGCGGAAUCCAGAGUCCAUUUGUUCCUGGUACGGUAACAGGCUGAUUACGUCCGCGUACUUACGAUUACAUACAAUACCGUAUCAAACCAGCACUUUUCUUUCUUCUCUCUAAGCUGUCGCCGCAGAUAACAGGUUCGACGACCCAAAUCUUCCUCUUCCUUUCUCCUUCUCACCUUCAUCACCAUCCGAUUUCUUUGAAGAUCUGCUAUCUCCCUUCUCAAACGAGGCCCUGCACGGUUUUCCUUCCGGUUCCUACUAUCCGUUGCUGAAUAAUUAUACCUGCAUCUGUUCCGUUGCAGUGACCACUUCGAAUUGAAAAAAACACCUUUUUCCCCCUUCCUUUUGGACGAUAUUCCAUUUCCAUCUCUUCGUCCAUCUAAAAACCAGUCACAAUGGUCAAAGAGACUAAGUAUUAUGAUAUCCUUGGGGUGAGUUGCAGCUGUCAAAUUUGCGUUGGCUACUGAAUCGCAGACUAAACGAAAGCGCCGGAGUAGGUUCCCCCAGAUGCCACCGAGGCUCAAAUGAAAUCUGCCUACAAGAAAGGCGCUCUGAGGUACCACCCUGACAAGAACACGAAUAACCCGGCUGCUGCCGAGAAAUUCAAGGAACUUUCUCAUGCCUAUGAGACUCUCUCCGAUCCCCAGAAGCGUCAGAUCUAUGACCAGUACGGUGAGGAGGGCUUAGAACAUGGAGGUGCCGGUGCUGGAAUGGCUGCCGAAGACCUCUUCGCCCAGUUCUUUGGCGGCGGUGGAGGCCCGUUUGGCGGCAUGUUCGGUGGUGGUAUGAGAGACACAGCCCCCAAGAAGGCCAGGACCAUCCACCACGUCCAUAAAGUCAACCUGGAGGAUAUCUACCGCGGCAAGGUUUCGAAGUUGGCGCUUCAGAAGUCGGUUAUCUGCCCUGCCUGUGAUGGCCGUGGUGGUAAGGAGGGUGCUGUUAAGCAGUGUACCGGCUGUGGUGGCUCUGGUAUGAAGACAAUGAUGCGCCAGAUGGGACCAAUGAUUCAGCGCUUCCAGACCGUUUGUUCCGACUGUAACGGUGAGGGAGAGAUGAUCAAAGAGAAGGAUCGCUGCAAGCGCUGCGGCGGCAAGAAGACUAUUGUAGAACGGAAGGUUCUUCACGUUCACGUCGAUCGGGGUAUCAAGAACGGGCAUAAGGUUGAGUUCCGUGGUGAAGGUGAUCAGGCACCUGGUGUCCUCCCCGGUGAUGUGGUGUUCGAAAUCGAAACGAAGCCCCACCCAAGGUUCCAACGCAAGGAUGAUGACCUCUUCUACCAUGCCGAGAUUGAUCUUUUGACGGCUCUCGCUGGUGGCGACAUUAGCAUCGAGCACCUUGAUGAUCGGUGGCUGACUAUCACAAUAAAGCCCGGUGAAAUUAUCACACCUGGUGUCAUCAAGGAGAUUAAGGGCCAGGGUAUGCCAUCCUACCGCCACCACAACUUUGGCAACCUUUAUAUUCAGUUCGACGUCAAAUUCCCCGAGCCAGGUCAGGUCCAGCACCUCGAACUCUUGGAACAAGUUCUACCACCCCGGAUGCAACAAGUGCAGCCACCAGCAGAUGCAAUGGUCGAGGACUUUGAACUUGAGGAUGUUGACCCCAGUGCCGGCUCGCAGGCUCGUGCUCAAGGAGCAGCCGCAGCCGCCAUGGAUGAGGACGAUGAGGAUGGCGUUCCCCCCGGAGCUGAGAGGGUGCAGUGCGCUUCCCAGUAAGGGCAGAGCUUUUUUUUAACGGGAAUGAUGCAAUCAAUGUUUGGAGACAUUGAUAACGUUCAUUAUGAUACCAUACCGGGGAAAGUGGGGUUUAAACAUGAGACCGGGGUUUCUUCUCUUUUUCUUCUUUUCUCUUUUUUCCUUAAAAUGUUUUUUUUUUAGUCUGUUGGUUUUCCUUGCUCUGCGACGGCGUUUGUGUCAUGAAGAUUCGGGAGAUAAUGAAGAUUUCUUUUUUCGUUUCUGUUCAUCCUUCCCCAAUGGUUUACAUGCUUCUUUUUUUCGUGGCAUAAUAUGAAAGUGAUGAGGGUUGAUUUGAGGCGAACCGACUGUUGUCCUUUCUACACCCUUCGGGAUUACGGUUGGGAUUGGAAUGAUGACGGUAGCAGACCUGGUUACAGACAUACAUUCCUAGAACAACAUGGUGUCAUUUGGGAUCGAUCUUCUUGGCCUCGUUCUCUUUGCAGGUUGUAAUGAUUGAAUGGAGGGAAAUGGGCAUGCAAUGAUAGGACUUGUCUUUGUCUCUACAUAAUGACAUUUGUGGUUGAUCCCGUAUUUAGGUACAUCUAGAAGAGUUUUUGACCCGACUUCGUAUAAAUAUUUCUAAUAGAGAAAUGUCAUCCCGA